UAUUUCCUCACUUAUUCUUUCUCUAACGGACUGAUUUUUGUUUUGUUUUGUUAUACUUCGGUUUCGCCGGAACCCUAACUCUAUUAACCGGAUAAUUCAAAAAUCCGUAAAUGACUGUACGAUUAGAGAGAAGGUGAUAUCAAUCAGCCUGGGCUUCAUCACCGGAUGGAGGGAGGUAGCGUCUCUAGACUUACUUGCUCUGGAUACACUCAUGGAUUAUGAUUACAAUGAUCUCCAAAGCUCGAAUCUUCAUUUAGCUGGUGAAGGGAACAAUAAAUUUCUUCCUGUUUUAUGCCCAUAUGCUCUCCCAAGAUUUGAUUUUGAUGAUAACCUUCAUGGCCAUUUAAGAUUUGAUAGUCUGGCUGAAACUGACGUUUUUCUUGGCAUUGAAAGUAGCGAAGAUAACCAGUGGAUUGAAGAUUUUUCACAGGGGAGUACUGGGAUUGCAUUUAGUUCGAGUGCAGCUGAACCUUGUUCAAUUUCUAGGUGCAACAAUGUCUGGUCUGAGGCAGCCUCUUCUGAAUCUGUUGAAAUGCUAUUAAAAUCUGUUAGACAGGACGAAAGUAUUCUCGGUCAAACUAUCAGUAAGGAUUCAGAUGCAUGUGAUGAACUGGGUGGCGGCGCAAUAAAGCUGAUGGAGCCUAGUUUGAAACCUGGAGAGAGUGAUCUUACUGAAGUAGGGGAUGCCUUACAGCCUGCUUCACAGGCAGAUGAGAUUCCUGGAAAAUUUUAUGGGUUGAAAGGUGAUGUAUCAGGAGAUCAGUUGGUUGACAGUGUUUCUCAGACGCAAGAAUCUAAAGCUUCAAAUACGAGUAAUACCGACUUAUCUGUGAGAGAUGAGUCUAAAGAUGGUGAACAAAUUGUUGUUAGUGAAAGUCAAGUGGAAGCUUCAUUUGAUCAAUGCAUGGAUAACAGGGAACAGGUAGAUAACUUUUCUUCUGGGACACAAAUUGAUAUCUUAGUUCCAUCUGUACAAAACACCUGUGAAAGUAGUAAGGAUUCAGAUGCCUGUGAUGAGCUGGGCGAUAUAAUAAAGCAGAUGGAGCCUAAUUUGAAGCAUGGAGAUAGUGGUCCUUCUGAAGUAGGGGAUCGCUUACAGCCCUCCUUAUGGACAGAUGAGUUUCCUGGAAAAUUUUAUGUGCUGAAAGGUGUUUCUUCACCACAUGAAUUCGACUCCUCUGUUGAUGGGACAUUGAAAGUUCCAAAUACAAGAAGUAUCGACUUACCCGAGAGAGAUAAUAAAGAUGAAAAUAAAGUGGAAACUUCAGUUGAUCAAUUUGUGGAUAACAGGGAACAGUUAAAUAAAUUUGCUUUAGGGUCACAAGUUGAUACUUUGAUUUCCUCUGUGCAAAACACCUGUGCAAGUAGUGUUUUUUUAGAGAGCCAAGAUACCACACAUUUGAAAAAUGAUACUGUUGAUGAAAAUGUUAACAGUUUAGCAGGGGAAAAUGUUGAUUUGAGCCAAGAAAUUCACUUUGAUGGUGAGAACUUGAUUGAAAAUGCAGUUGCAAGUGUUACCUCAGAUGUGCAGAAGCAUUCAGUUUCAAACAUGCAAUCUACGGAAGAUGGACGUGUUGCUGGAAAUAUUACACCUACUGUGGGGGAGCCUUCUAAGAGGACAUUGAAAGAGAAUUCUGACCUCCAUACAGUGGAAGAGUGCAGUGAGGGCUUGGCUGUAGAAAGUCCUCUGCCAACUGGCAUAUCCAAUGCUAAUGUAUUAUCUGUUGGAAAGUUACAUGACAUAUCACCAAUGCCCUUUUUUGGUGAUACCAUCAUUAAGGAGCAGGAAAGUGAAAUCAGCAAUAUUGAUACUCAAAUUUCUGUGAUUGGGGAGCCAAAGUUGGAUAACAUGGAUUCAAUGGUGCAGAUAACAUGUGAUGCCACUGAGAAGAAAGAUUUGUCAGAAAGUGAUUGCCACUAUGAUAUGAAAAUCUUGAGCAGCAAGUCUGAGAAACAUUUGUUGUCUGUGGAAGAUGGUAAAGGUUCUAAAGGUGAACGCGAUUGUGCCCAAAAUACUUUGGGAGCAGAACCUAUGAGAGUAGAUGAGGAUUUUAUAGUCACUGAACAUACUGAUGAUUCUAAAUUUGAGCAGAGUGGUUCAGUUGCUGAAAAGCAAAGCACCAAAUUGCCUUCUCAUUCUAUUAAAACUGACCGCGGAGAGUAUGGAUCUUUGGUUGUAAUAAAGAGAGUUGAUUCCUCUUCCUUUGGCACAAGUGACACUGCAAAUGAGUUGGCUUCAAAUUUACUAUCCGAUGCUGCCAUCAGUGGCAAGUCAGGUGCUGACAGUGCUGUAUCCAUUCAAGAUAAGAACAAGACACUAACAAAUUCAGUGCCUUCAACUUCAAAUGAACUGCUUCUUAAUGCUGACGAAAAGCAUCCUGAAGAUAGUGACCCCAAACUUUCUCAAGAGUUCAGUGGUCAUAUUGUUGCGCAUCAGGCUGAUGGUGAUAAUGCGAAGACACAUGAUAGUUCAUUUCCUUCGGCUCCUUCAUCUGAACCUCAAACUAAAACCCACAUGAAGGAAUGUGGUAGGAGUGCUGAUCUUGAAAAUCGUUCCUGUGGAUCUCCAAUUCUGAUUAGGACUUGUGCCUCGGUGUCUGGGGUCAUUAGUGAGGAAGCAAACAAAGAGCACUCUAUUUCUCAGGAUACUAAAGGAAAUGAUGCAUUUUCAGGUGACAGAAAUUUCACCUUUGAGAUUCUUCCGAUGGCAAAUUUGUCUGAAAAAGAAGCUGGCAAGAAUUGGCAACCUUUUUCUAGCGUUCAGCAUGACAAAAUAUCCUUGGUUGGAGAGAGAAUUCCAUCAACCUCUGCCUCAACCAAAGUGGGUCCCGAAACAGCUGAAGAGGUGAGUCGUUCAAAUCUGCAGACAUCUAAGAGGGAUAAUGUAUCUGGUGGCUCCAAGGGAACUCCUGCUAGUAGAAGAAGGCGAGUGGGUAGUAAGAGCACAGGAAAGGAAGCUGCUAAAAAAGGCAUUGUUGCAAAAGAUAAGACUCCUGCAAGACAAUCAAAAAGAAGUGGUAAAACAAGUAAGGCAUCACUCAGUACAGCUGAAAAUGGCCAGCUUGUGAAAUCCAAUGAGAUGCAGCACUUUGGACACAUGGAAGGUGAUAAUAUGAACCCAUUUGGUGUUCUUUUUACUUCUGUACCUAGUUUGCUGGACCUAAAAACCUCAGAUUCAUCUGCAGUUUUUCACCAGCCUUUUACAGAUUCACAACAAGUUCAGUUACGUGCUCAAAUUUUUGUAUAUGGAGCUCUGAUUCAAGGAACGGCACCGGAUGAGGCUUAUAUGAUAUCGGCAUUUGGGGGACAUGAUGGAAGAACCAUAUGGGAGAAAGCCUGGGGAGCAUGUAUGGACAGAGUAUGUAGUCAAAAAUCUCAUCCUUUUAUCCCUGAAACUCUAUUGCAAGCACAUAUAGGUGCUAAAACUCCUGAUCAAUCAAUCAAACAAACUGCACUUCAGACUAAGAUCACAUCCUCGCCUGCUAGUCAGUCUAACAGCAGGGGUACAACAAGUAGUGGAAAGCCAAUGAUCCCCCUUUCCUCACCACUGUGGGUGAUUCCUACACCUUCCGGUGAUGCCCUUCAACCUGCUAGCAUUCCAAGAGGUGCAGUUGUGGAUUAUCAGCACGGACUUUCUCCAUUGCAUUCAUCUGUAAGGAAUUUUGCUGGACAUAAUGCUCCUUGGGUGUCCCAAUCCCCUUUUUGUGCCCCCUGGGUUCCACAUAGUGCUGCAUUUGAUAGCAAUGCCUAUUUUCCUGUACUUCCCAUCACAGAAGCAGUUAAUUUAACUCCCGUAAGAGACGCAUCUGUGCCUAAUUCUUCUGUCAUGAAACAGGUUUCCACAGUUCCUAUGGUCCGGAGCGGGGGUCCUGCUAAUGUCUUUGCAGGGAUUCCCUUGCUUGACAACAAAAAAGAAACAUCGAGAUCUAGUCAGAGUUCUGCUGAUCCAAAGCCUAGAAAAAAAAAGUCAGUUUCUGAGGACCCUGGGCAGAUUAUACCUCAUUCUCAAGCAGAGUCUGUUUUCGCUACUGUUGUGAAUAGUCAUGCCUCUUCACCUGCUGCUAUUACAACCCCUGACAAUUUUAUUACAUUUGUCUCUGCUGAUCAUAUCAAAAAAGAUGACCGAAAUUCAGAUCAGAAGGCUACUCUGUCUGAAGAGACCCUUGGUAAACUCAAGGAGGCUCAGAAGCAGGCAGAAGAUGCUGGUGUCCUUGCUUCUACUGUUGUUUGUCGCACUCGGGAAAUAUGGAAUCAGUUGGAGAAGCAAAAGAAUUCUGUGUUGACACCAGAUGUUGAAACUAAGCUGACUUCUGCAGCUGUCACAAUAGCUGCAGCAGCUGCUGUUGCAAAGGCUGCAGCUGCAGCUGCCAGUGUUGCCUCAAAUGCUGCCUUACAAGCAAAAUUGAUGGCUGAUGAAGCAUGGGUUUCAAGUGGUUACAGAAAUCCUACUCCAACUACUACAAUAUCUUUUGAUAGUGUGAAUCUUGGCAAGGCAACACCUGCAUCCAUCUUGAGGGGUGAAGAUGUUGCUACUAGUUCAAAUUCUGUUAUUGCUGCUGCAAAGGAAGCCUCUAGAAGGAGGGUAGAAGCUGCUUCAGCUGCGUCAAAGCAAGCCGAAAACAUAGAUGCCAUUGUUAAGGCUGCUGAGCUGGCAGCUGAAGCAGUAUCACAGGCUGGGAAAAUUGUUAUGGGUGGGCCUUUCCGGUUGACUGAAUUGGUAGAAGCUGGUCCGGAGGCAUACUGGAAAGUACCCCAUGCAUCUUCUGAGCCAAAUGGUGCUGUCAGAGAACAUGCAGACAAAGGUGGUAAUGUGGAGGCUCCUGGUUCAGUUUCUGAGCAUCCACAAGAGGUUCCCACUGAUAAGAGUAACCAUGAAGUGUCACCAAUUCUUAGAGAUACGGACUGGUGGUCUAUUCAGGAUGAUUCCAGGUUGAAAGAUGGCAUUCUGGGUGCUGCUGCAAUUAGUGGAAAUGAUAAAAAGGGUCGCAAAGUUUCAGAUAUUGCCAAAAGUAAAGGAGUGUCCACUAAGACUGAACAUGGGAAAGAAGAGGAAACUUUGAAAGAUAGCAAUAUGAGGGAAGGUUCCCAUGUUGAGGUAUUGAGAGAUGGAGGUGGCUCGAAACUAGCAUGGUUCCCUGCUGAUAUUCUGGAUUUGAAAGAUGGCAAAGCUUAUGUGUGUUACAAUGAACUUCGAUCAGAGGAUGGUGAUAGGUUGAAGGAAUGGGUGGAGCUUGAAGGUGAAAGGGAUAAGGAACCCAGAAUACGCAGUAGUCGUCCUAUUACGGUCAUGCCAUUUGAAAGAACUAGGAAGAGACGCAGGGCUACCAUGGGGGACUAUAAUUGGUCCAUUGGAGAUAGAGUUGAUGCAUGGAUGCAAGAUAGCUGGUGGGAGGGAGUUAUCAGCGAGAGGAGCAAGAACGAUGAAACAUCAUAUACUGUCCGUUUUCGCACUCAAGGAGAAACAUCCAUUGUCAAAACAUGGCUUCUACGUCCUUCUCUGGUAUGGAAGAAUGGUAAUUGGGUUGAAUGGUCCAUUUCGGGGGAUAGUAAUGGCUCUUCCCUUGAGGGUGAUACCCCACUGCAAAAGCGACCAAGGAUAAACAGUCCUGUGGUAGGUACUGAAGAGGGCACAAAAGGUUUUGGCCAUGAGGAAUCCAAGAAACCUGAUGACACGAGAUUGCUUGAUUUACCUGUGGGUGAAAAAUUAUUUAGUAUUGGUAAAUACACUGGGGAUGAGAGUAAGCCUGGUUCGCAACGAAUGAAAUGUUCAGGUUUAAAGAAGGAAGAUUCAAGGGUUAUUUUUGGUGUUCCAAAGCCUGGAAAGAAGAGAAAGUUUAUGGAAGUAAGCAAACAUUAUGUUACGGAUUGGAGCAGUAGAACUCAUGAAACAAGUGAUUCUACUAAAUUUGCAAAAAGUUUAAUUCCUCGUGGAUCUGAACCAAAGGAAAAACGAAUGGCUGUAUCCAAACCGAAGGUUCUCAAAUCCGGAAAACCUAGUGUUUCUAGUAGAACUAUUCCUCAGAAGGACAGCCUAUCAAUCAAUGUGGGUUCUGAACCUGAUGAUGAUGAAAUUAUAUCAGGAGAGCAUAACACGGAGUUCAGAUCAGUUUCAAGUUCUGAUGGUGCAGCGGAGGGCCCGGUAUUAUUUUCUUCUGUGGCUGCCUCAUCAGAUGCACCCCGGGAGAAAGCUUUCAUGUCAAAUGCUAAAUCUGAACGUAUUAGUAAAGGGAAACUUGCUCCAGCUUCUGGGAAGUUGGCUAAAGUUGAGGAGGAAACGAAAACCAUCUCUGAUGCUGUUGAACGUCGUAGGUCUAAUCGGAUGAUUCAGCCGACAUCAAGACUCUUGGAAGGACUGCAAAGCUCAUUGUUAAUCUCAAAAGUUCCCGUUCCUCAUGACCAAGGUCACAAAGGUCAGAGCAGGAGUGCUAGAGGAAAUAACUAAGGUUUAGAAGAAGGGAGCUGUUUUGCAACAUGGGAAUCCAGUCUUACGAGAUAUAUUGGAUGAACAACAGGCAAACAUUCAAUUGUGUAGCUUGUGUAAUUUAUGCCAUGACAGAUAAGAGCAAGGGCCAAGGAACCAAAAUUGCUUCUUUGGCUUUUGAGAUGUAGCAGUAGAUUAUUAUAUAUAUAAUAUUUAUUUUCAAAUGA